CAAGUUUCGAAAUGGCUUCAAUAUCGAAUCAAAUUUCAAUCUGGACGCAUCGAAAAUCAGCCAAUGAUUUGGAACAGUUUCAAACAUCAUGGAAGAAGUCAAGAACCAAAAUCGGCAAUCCUCGGAGGAUGAGGAUGACCGUGGGAAAUGGGACAACCAGUGCGAUUUCUUCCUAUCUUGCAUGGGUUACGCAGUAGGAUUGGGAAAUGUGUGGCGAUUUCCGUACUUGUGCUACAAACACGGGGGCGGAACCUUUCUUGUGGCCUAUGGAGUUAUGUUGACCUUGAUCGGAUUGCCUUUGUUCUUCUUGGAACUGGGCAUCGGGCAAUACAGUGGCCUGGGACCCACCCGGAUAUUUGGGAAACUUGCACCGGCCUUCAAAGGCUUGGGGUACGGAAUGUUAUUCGUAACCUUGCUCGUGGCCAUCUAUUACAAUAUGAUCAUCGGGUGGACCUUGUACUACAUGUUUGCCGGCUUCACCUCCACUUUGCCGUGGACAUACUGUGGACAACCUUACAAUGCCAUUUCGUGCUAUCAGUCAGAACAAGCCGAGGAUUGUAAUUCUGGAGGCGAUGGUCUCACUUCCUAUUGGAACAACACUUGUACGGACGUGUCAGAGAUCUGCCAAUAUUAUAAUUUAACCCACUUGGAGGACGAAAUGGACGAGUUCAAUUUUACCAUGUGUUCCAACGGAUCAACAGGAAUCCCAUUGUUAAAGGUUUAUAAUCGAACCACGGCCAGUGAGGACUACUACUCAAGAAUUGUUCUGGGCCUAAGCGAUGAUACCACGUGGAGCAAUUACGGUGGGAUCAAAUGGGAUUUGGCUCUCUGUCUUCUAGCAGCCUGGGUCAUUGUGGGCUUGAGCCUAAUUAAGGGCGUGCAAUCAUCGGGAAAAGUGGUCUACUUCACAGCCCUCUUUCCUUACUUUGUGCUCCUGUGCCUUCUUGUUCGUGGCGCCAUGUUACCGGGGGCGGUUCAAGGUAUCAAUUUCUAUCUCCAACCAAAGUUGGAGAGCUUGCUCGACAUUCACGUUUGGUCCGAUGCCGCCACUCAAAUUUUCUACUCCUUGGGACCAGCUUUUGGCGGCCUCAUCACCUUGGCCAGUUACAACAAGUUCAACAACAAUUGUCACAGGGAUGCCAUUUUGAUAGCCAUUUGCAAUUUUGCCACAUCCAUCUUUGCCGGAUUUGUCGUCUUCUCCAUUAUUGGAUUCAUGGCUCAUGAAUCAGGACAAGCCGUGAGUGAUGUGAUUGCUUCAGGCCCUGGUUUGGCGUUUGUUGCCUAUCCAGAAGCCGUUACAAAGUUUUCGUGCCCGCCAGUAUGGUCCUUUUUAUUUUUUCUAAUGCUUUUGAGCCUGGGUCUUGACACGCAAUUCACCAUGACCGAAACUCUGACCACAGCCGUCAUGGACCAAUGGCCGGAAUUGCGCAAGAGGAAAGCUUGGGUGGUGAUUGGGUCCGCCUUGACCGGGUUCAUCCUGGGUUUACCUAUGUGUUGCAAUGGCGGCGUUUACAUGUUUACCCUCAUUGACACCUUCUCCGCCUCGUGGUCGCUCCUCCUUUUGGCCUUUUUUGAGGUUGUUCUGGUCAUCUAUGUUUAUGGCUUCCACGAAUUCAUGGCCAAUGUGAACGAGAUGGGCAUAUGGGUGCCUAAGAUCUUGCGUUACUACUGGCAAAUCAAUUGGUACUUUUUUACGCCAGUCCUUUUGUUCUUGAUCACGAUCAUCACGUGGAUCAUGUUCGAGCCUUGCAAAUACCAGGGCUACGUGUUUCCCCCAGCUGUUCAAGCUUUGGGAUGGCUCAUUGCCACCACUUCAGUUAUGAUUGCCAUUGGAAUGGGCGUGUUUGAAAGCUUAAGACUGAAAAAAUCAGGAAAGAUUACCACCUACAAGAGCCUGUUCCGAACCACGGAUAAAUGGGGACCCGCCAAACACGUUCCCAUCUCGGAGGACGAAUGUGAGGUUGAGACAGGCUAUGAUAAUCCUAGUUACAAUAAAUAGGUUUCGAGUCGUGAAAAUAUGUUAUAAUUGGAACAUUUUAGCUUAUAUCAAUAAAUAUGAAUCGUCUGUCAUCAAAAAGUGCAGUCCUC